UUUUGUCGGAGGGAGUUCGAGCGCGGUUUCUGAGAGGCGGCUGCGGUAGGAGCUGGUUCCUCAGUCAGAGACAGGACUGUUCCCCACCUCUAUCAGUGUGUGUCGUACGGGCUGCCCGGGCCCGAGGUUGGUAACGGCGGCCUGCGAUUUCCGGGGGCGGGUGCGGGGACUGUCUGACCGCCCCUACCUUCUCCCAGCACUGAACCGCCCGUCACUCUGUGAUAAACUACCCCGUGGCCCACACCCGGUUGUUUGAAAAAGUAACAAUGCUGGGCUGAGUAAAGGCAGGCAUGGAGUACAAAAGAGAGAGAAUUCUUGCCAGAUCUUUACAAAUCACUGUUAAAUAUGUGUCCCCUGAACCUGACUUUUAGUGCCUGUGGAUUUUUGGGGAUUUACCACUUGGGGGCAGCAGUUGCUCUUCACAAACACGGGAACACGUUACUCAGUAAAAUACAGAACUAUGCUGGAGCCUCUGGUGGAGCGUUAGUUGCGGCUGUUCUGCUUUCACAACCUGAAAAACUGGAGCAAUGCAAGGAAUUUACUUAUGGAUUUGCAGCUGAUGUCCGGAAACACAAACUUGGAGCCUUAACACCAGGUUAUGACUUCAUGAAUCAGUUGAGGGAAGGGAUAGAGACUAUACUUUCUGCUGAUGCCCAUAAGAAAGCUCAUGAACGACUCCACGUGUCAAUCACAAAUGUUAAGACGCUGAAAAAUUGUUUGAUCUCCUCGUUUCCGACCAGGGAGGACCUCAUAACGGUUCUUCUUGCCAGUAGCUUUGUGCCAUUCUAUGCUGGGAUUAAGGCUGUGGAAUAUAGAGGGGAAACGUGGAUUGAUGGUGGAUUAACAAAUAGACUUCCGAUCCUACCCACUGGACGGACCAUGACUGUUUCACCUUUCAGUGGGAAGUUGGAUAUUUGCCCUGAAGACAAGUCCCAAAGCGAUCUGUACGUCACGAUUGCUAAGCAGGAGUUUAUACUGUCCAUUGCGAAUUUUGUGAGACUCAGUCAGGCACUGUUUCCACCAGGCCAAGCCACAAUGGAAUCUCUGUAUCACAAAGGAUUCAGCGACGCUUUGAGGUUUCUACAGAGGAGGAGACCAGAAAUGAAGGCAAGAUUCCAGAAGUGGCCUAACCCAUGUCCUGCCCAAUAUGCAAUCUUUGUUUGCGAACUGGAAGCACUCAAAUUGGAAAUAAUAAAGAUCCUGUUAAGCGAGAUGGUGCAGGAAAGAUUUUCGAGAAUUCUUUCAGUCACUGCAGGCACGAAGGGCUGAAUGAUCUCCAUUUGCACCGUAACACUUCUGUGAUUCUGCGACCACGAGGCAGGGAGUCCAACUAGAGGAAAAGGGGAGAAAUCGAUCCCAGUUGCACACGGAUCAAGAACAUUGAUUCAGCAACAUUUUCAGGUAAAGGGAUCAGUGCAAUUUAACAGAGAUAAUGGGAACUGCAGAUGCUGGAGAAUUCCAAGAUAAUAAAAUGUGAGGCUGGAUGAACACAGCAGGCCCAGCAGCAUCUCAGGAGCACAAAAGCUGACGUUUCGGGCCUAGACCCUUCAUCAGAGAGGACUUUAGCAUUUGUUGGUUGGCAUAAACCCAGUGGGCCAAAGGGCCUGUUUCUAUGCCAUGUGAUUCUGACAAUGAUGUGUGGGGAAAAAAACCUUUUGAUGUCACAAAUGGUUAGGAUCUGGAAUGCAUACCUGAGAAUGAGGCAGAGGCAGACUCAGUUAAUAAUUUGAACAUUAACUAAUGGAAAAGAAUUUGCAGGGCUACAAGGGAAAAAAACGAGGGAGUGGGUCUCUCUGAAUUGCUGUUGCAGAGACGUGGCACUGACUUUAUUCUGUGUUUCACUAACACUGGAUUGAGACAGAGUAGAUUAGCAUGCAAAUUUGUGAAACUUUCCCUAUUUUAUUGGCUGUGUUUUAAGAAUUUUAACCAUUUAUCGGUGGCAAAAUUCAAUGUGCCACUUAUUACAAAGAUUAUUUCGUGAAUCGCUGUUAAUAUUUACAAACAAAAUUAAGCAUUAAUCUGAGUGUGUUGGUCAUUCCUCUAACGUCAUCUUGAUUUAUUAUGCGUAACGCUGCCCAGACUGGCACCUUCAACCGCUAACUAUUCACCCUUAUCUUGUACGGCUCUCUCCUUCCAGGCACUCAGAGUUUCUUUCUACCCAAGCACUCUAGAAAUCACUCAAUUCUGGAUAUCUGUCAUCCUGUAAGCAAACUGACUUGAGUUAAAAUGUUACCCCACCUACUCAUUGAAAGUCUAGCAAGUUUCAAUUAUUUCCUGUUCUCCAGCAGUAGUAAAUACAGGACGUUGGGUAAAUCUUGGCAGUACUUAACAUUUCUAGCCAUUCUGAUUUUUGUUCGCGUUGGUAGAGUUGAAAAUAAGAUGAGAUAUAAAAAUGGGCUAGAGGUCGAUUGCUAUCCAUUUUACACAACUGUAUGAAUGAAAAAUCUUGCCCAGUGUUUUACAAGCUGCAAUCUCUACAUGGAUCAGAUAUUCUGAAACAUUCCUUCAUACUUAAAAAAUACUUUACCUAUUAUACUGCUGGUCUUUUUGUUUUCUUCUCAAAUUUAUGAGAUUUGUUAUAACACCCAUAUUAUUUCAAUUCAAAUUCAGAAAUUGCUCCUGCCAAUUAAAAUUU